CUUUCCCAGAUGUCUUUUUUGGUAGUCAGAAGCACAGUGAUUGGUAGUGGAGGCAAACCACCACGAAUUGGAAGUUUUGUAGAAUUAAUUGAUGGUUCUUCUCAUGAGAUUUAGAGAGCGUGUAGCGAUACAAAAUCAUAGGAACUGUUUUUUGCAUUUUGUCUCACGAAAAACUCCUCAGAAAUUGGUGGGUCUUUUUAUUCUCAGAGACUAAUCCCACAUGAGUUGAUGGUGGUAGGGAUGGGAUCAGAAUGAGUGAACAGUCAUGUAAUGCAUGUCUGAAGAAGGUUAUGCUGGGGAAGAGUAGUUAAUGCAGGCAAUGAGAUUUUUCUUAAUGGUCCCCUCCUGUACAAAUCGGUCAUCUGGUUGGUUGUGAAAUAUAGCAUCAUGCAGGAGUCCCAGGGAAAAAGAAAAUUAGGUUUUUGGGCUCUUUGAGCAUUGGUUUGUUUGCUUUGCUUUGUUUUUGUUUGUGGGAUUUUUUUUCUGUGGCAGUGGAGCUGCAUUGCUCCUUCUGUUAAAGGUGUUCUCACUGAGAUUAAAAUCAGGGAAAUUAAGGAGGAGAACUUUAAGAACACACAAAAAAUCAGUCUUGUUAAGUAAAAGCUCAAAGAGCAAGAAAACAAGUGGAAAUACUCCCAUUGCAUACAGCGGGGGCUGUUGUGAUGUUUGUUGCAGCCACAGUUGCAAUGAAAGUCCAGAAGACCCUUCAGUAAAAUGUUACGUGCCUUUGACAUUGCUGAAAUCCGCUCCAUGCAGGUGUUGUUGGGAAACACCCUUUACUUGCUUAGGUAGAGAGCUAAGAGUAGGCCAUGGGGGUUUCAUGAGAACGCAGAUGCCUCAACACGAAUCAGUAAAUACUGUGUGAAAUGUUACCUGAAAUGGGAUUUGGGAAAAGCUAAAGGGAAGGUUAAGUUCUCAUUUGCAAAAAGGCUUUUUUUGUUUGUUUUCCCCUAUCCUUCGGCUUAUACUAAAACAUGGAGCCAGUGGUCCAGCAAUUUACGUCUUAGUUUUCUGUGUUCUCUCAACAAUCCUCAUCGCCCACUGUAAUAUCAGUUUUUGUUUGAAGUCUGUUCUAACUUAUUCUGGCUGGUAUUUGUAAAUGAUGAAUCUAACAUCUCUGCAGAGUGAGACACAUAAUUAAUAAUGAACAUGUAGGUAUCCAGCUAAGGCAUCUUAUACUCUUAGUUGAACUUUCCAGUCAUUGUCAGCUGGGCAAUUCAAAGGAAUGCUGCCAACUUUAGCAAACUGAUGUAGUUCUGGAAACAUAAUUAGCUCAGGUAACAUAGAGUUGAAAAACUAAAAAAUAUUAGAUUUUUUUAAAAAGAUCAAAAAUUAAUUUAGUAGAAUUGUGUGUUUAGCAGUUGUGAGUGGUCAUUUUUAAUAUUUAGCCAGUUUCCAUUAUUUAAAUUGUUCACAGUUGUAAAUACAGCAAAAUGCAUUUCUUGGGAUAAAGGAAAUCUUACACAGUAAGAGAUGCCAAUAUUUUUUAAUUGAACAUCUUUAAAAGCUAGAAUAAGAUAAUGUAUGUAGCUGAUCAACAGGUAUGAAUAACAGUUGCAAAUAACAUGCUCAAUUUAGCUGUAGUAACACUAAUGGAAAAUGUAAAAUUGGAAAACAUUCAGGGUAAAAUGGUUCAGAAAGUAAAAAAUUGAGAUGUUUCUGGGGUAUAGUCCAGAAACAAAACUUGGUCACAAAGAUGCCAACAAAAAUGCUUGUUGCUUUUUAUAGAAUAAUUUUUUAUUAUCCCUGUAUGUGUUUACACACUGUUCAGAUGAUCAAGAUAGUUUGUGUGACUAAUAACCCAUUACCUUAUAUGGAGUAAGAUAAUUUUAUGUUAGGUAAUAAAAGAAGAAUUCUGCGUGGAGGCAGAAAUCCUCUGCCAUUGCACCAGUGCUCUCAUCAUCCCAGCCAGUCUCUGCGGGGUGCUCAUUAGUAGAUGCCUUUUCUUGGAACCUCAGGUUUUAAUUGAUUCCCCAAAAUGUUUGCAAAAGCAACAAAGAAUUUUGUGAGAGAAACUGACAGCGGAGGUGACUUGAUCGCUGUGUCCCACUUGAAUGCUUCAGACAAGCUGCAGCUUCUGAGCUUAGUUACAAAAAGGAAGAAAUUCUGGUGCUGGCAGAAGCCCAAGUAUCAUUUCUUAACAGUCACCCUGAAUGAUGUGCUUACUGAAGACAAACCAAUAAAACCAGUAAUUGUGGAGUCUGACUUUGCAAAAUAUACUGGAAAGUUUGAAGAUUUUGUUCAAGGAAGUAUUGAAGCAUCAUUUGGAAAGAUCAGCUUGGGAGCUGGAGGGAAGGGCUAUGUGGAAAACCAGUCCUCAUUUGGAAACCUGAGGAAGCAGGAGAUUGACUUGCAGCAGCUUAUGAAAGACGUCAAGGAUAGAACAAUAAAUCUAAACAGUAGUUUACUGCAGAAAGUAAUAGAAAGAAAACGUGAAGUGCUGUGCAUCUUGAGAGAAAAGAUAAUAACAACUCAGAAGUGUAUGAUAUGUGAACAUACCCAGACAGAAGAAAAAAUCCGCGGAGCGAUGGGAUGCAGUACAAAAAUAGUAAAGGUUUCAGUGAGUGAAAAUGGAAGUAUGAUGAAGGAUUCUAGUGUGAUCCUUGAAAUUCCUCCUGCGACCACUAUUGCCUAUGGUGUAAUUGAACUGUUUAUAAAGCACAGUGGCCAGUUUGAGUUCUGUCUGCUAGAUGAACAGCAAGGAGGUUUUGAAAAAGAAAGCACAGAAGGCUCAGCUUCUCCCCACUCAGCACUAUUCAGAGAUGCUUCAUUUCUGUAUCAGACAGAUGCUGUUGAUCAUGAGAUGUUCUCUGGGUCUAAAAACCUCAUUCCCAGUGAUGCUUCUUUAAGUGUAUUGAAACAAGAUCUGACACAGCUGAAGACUCAGUUCCAGCCGUUUGUGAAGCUGACAGAAGACAGGCAAAGAACUUUAUAUAAAACCCUUUGUGAACUCCUGCUCCAUGAAGAAAUGCUAACUACCCUGGAGGAUGUGUUAGAUGAUAUCUGCACAGGAGACAAGCCAGAUCUGAAGGAGUUAAAACCUGCAGAACUUGCAGUCCUUGCUGACAUCUUGAAGCUCUUAGGCUGCAGUUUACAGGAUGAGCUGUUACAGAAGUACCAGCCUCAAGAUGAAGAACUCUUCUCAGCUGCUCACCUCCUCAUCAGUGCCAUCUCGGAGCUGUCUGAUUACACUCUUGUCCUGCUGCGUGCGUGCUGUGAUCUUCACCUUGUUCCUGCAUUGUGUUGCUUGCCUAACAUCACUUCAGCCGAUGGCACUGUGGCACUGAGCAGUCCUUUGGUGGCUCCUCUCACUGACAGAGGAAGAUUUGAUGUCGUGCAAAGGCUGUUUGCAUCAUCAAACAUUAAUUUGGAAAUGACAGAGUCUUCUGUAAAAGCUGUAACUAUGAAAGAACCGAGAUUCUACCCACUUGUUGUUUAUGUUGCACUGCAUGGAUUUUAUGCUUUAGGUGGGAAUGAAUAGGAGCUUCGCUGAGGACCCAGUUGCUGCUCUAGCCUGUUCUUUAUUCUGUAGCUCUGCAGGGUGGUGUCUGUGUGUUGGAGCUCGCAGUAGAGCCUCUCAGACGAGUACUUAGUGCAGUCCAGCCAGGGGUUGUGGAGGUCAGGGUGGACUCUGCAUGGCUGGGGUGAACAUUCUGCACUCCCACCAGGUCUGCUGCUGCUCUGCAGCUUCACUGAGGUCUUUCUGCACUGGGAAAUACAUAAAUAAGCAGUGAAGGGGGAAAGGAAAAAAAAGACACGCCUGAAACAGAACAGAACACAGCAGUGGGAGCCUGAUCGCCUGCAUUAAUAUGCGUGGGAGAAAACUGCAAAGUACAAACUGCUUUUUGUAAGGAAGCAAACAGGCAGGCUGUGAAAUCCAGGGUUUUGCAACACAGUGAAUGUUUUGCUUGUGUAGUUCUGGAUGUGCAAAACGCCUUCCCUCUGCAGCAAGUGGAACGGAGGGCACUCAAAAGAGGUACUUGAUUCCAUUUGCAUUUAUUAAGUGCAGUUUGGCUUUAGGGAUGUAGCUGCACACUUGCAGGAAAUAAAAAACUUCAAAAACUAAGACCACCUUGGGGAUUUGUGCCUCUCUACAACAUUGCUCUGUUUUCUAGUAAGUUCUUACCUUACCAAGUUUCAGCUGUUUAUAUUCUGAACUUUGAGAUACGGUGAUGCCUUUUGGUGUGUGCCCAUGAAAAGUCCCUGCUGCACUCCACAAAAAUGAUCCUUCUACCCAUAAGACAUUUUAAGUGCAGAUGUUUUCCUUGUUUCUUUGACUAAUGGUGAAGUGUUAGUAAAGCACUUUGUGCUUUGAACUGCUUUGCCUUUAAUUGGAAUUUGUUGUGAUCCUGUGGUACCUUUCCAUAGCCCAAGAGCACAGGAGAGCCAUGGACAUGGAGCUGCUGCUGUUUCUGUCUCUUAUCUCUUAAAUGAAGCUGAUUAUGUUGUAUGGGUGGAUUUGGGAAUGUCCUUUAGGAGUAUGUUGCUCUGCUUCUGGGGGUGAUGUGUGUUUGUAAAUGUCUUAUUUUGCUAGUCACUGCUCAAAAGUUGCCUCUGUAACUAAUUUAUCGAACCUUUCUAUUAAAAAUUAUGUCAAAACAAUAGAAUAACU